AUGGAAGAGGGAAGGGUGGUGAGUGAGUACACUCAAGAUGGCACUGUGGAUCUCAAAGGGAAACCCAUUCUCAAAUCCAAAAGCGGUGGUUGGAAAGCUUGCUCUUUUCUUCUUGUAUAUGAGGUAUUUGAUAGAAUGAAUUAUUAUGGGAUUUCAUCAAAUUUGGUGCUGUAUCUUACAAAGAAGCUUCACCAAGGCACUGUGACUUCUUCUGACAAUGUCAACAACUGGGGUGGCACCAUUUGGAUUGCUCCCAUAUUAGGUGCUUAUGUUGCUGAUGCUCACCUUGGCCGCUAUUGGACUUUUGUCAUUGCUUCUUUUAUCUAUCUAUUGGGUAUGUGUCUGCUUACACUGUCAGUUUCUCUUCCAAGCCUAAAGCCACCAGAGUGCCAUGAAACGGAUGUGACAAAAUGCAAGAAAGCCUCCACACUGCAGCUAGCUGUGUUCUAUGGUGCACUCUACAUCUUAGCAGUGGGAACCGGUGGAACCAAGCCCAACAUUUCCACCAUUGGUGCUGACCAGUUUGAUGAUUUUGACCCCAAGGAGAAGGCACAUAAGCUUUCAUUCUUCAACUGGUGGUUUUCCAGCAUCUUCAUAGGGACCAUAUUUUCAUUCACAGUACUAGUUUAUAUACAAGAUAAUGUGAGUUGGAGCCUUGGUUAUGGAAUUCCAACUAUUGGCCUAGCAAUAUCAAUCAUCAUAUUCCUGGCAGGCACACCCCUCUAUAGACACAAAUUGGUCUCAGGGAGUCCCUUCACUAGAAUGGCCAAGGUCAUAGUGGCUGCUUUAAGGAAAAGGAAGGUAACUAUUCCUAAGGACCCUACAGAACUAUAUGAGGUUGAUCUUGAAGAGCAUACAAAUAAAAGGAAAUUCAGGAUUAACUCCACUCCCACAUUGAGGUUCCUCAACAAGGCUUGUGUCAAAACUGGUUCAAGUACUAGUGAAUGGAUGUUAUGCUCAGUUACUCAAGUGGAGGAAACUAAACAAAUCCUACGGAUGAUCCCCAUCUGGGUUGCUACAUUUAUUCCGAGUACAAUGCUUGCUCAGAUAAAUACCCUUUUUGUAAAACAAGGAGUUACUCUUGAUAGACGCAUUGGCAGCUUCAAUAUUCCCCCAGCAAGUUUAAUUGCAUUUACAGCUUUGACCAUGCUUAUCUGUGUUAUACUCUAUGACCGUCUCUUUGUCAAGAUUAUGCAGAGAUUGACUAACAAUCCAAGAGGGAUCACACUUCUUCAAAGAAUGAGCUUGGGAUUCAUUACUCAUCUUGUGAUUAUGAUAGUGGCAUUUUUUACUGAAAGAUAUAGACUUAAAGUGGCCAAAGAACAUGGGGUAGUUGAAAAUGGAGGACAAGUUCCUUUGACCAUAUUCAUCUUGCUUCCUCAAUUUGUGCUUAUGGGAAUAGGCGAAGCCUUCUUAGAGGUUGCCAAAAUUGAGUUUUUCUAUGAUCAAGCCCCAGAAAGCAUGAAGAGCCUUGGCACUUCAUAUUCCAUGACUACAGUAGGGAUUGGGAGUUUCAUCAGCACUUUUCUUCUCUCCACAGUUUCACACAUCACUGAGAAACAUGGUCACAAAGGGUGGAUUUUGAACAACCUCAAUGCUUCUCAUCUUGACUACUACUACGCAUUUUUGGCUGUACUAAACUCUCUGAACUUCAUCUUCUUCAUGAUUGCUACAAAGUACUUCGUGUAUAGGGCUGAAAUUUCAGAUUCCAUGAAUGUUCUUGCGGAAGAACUGAAGAAGACAGCCAAUGUGUCAAAUCAAACGAAUCUAAGGGACUAA